AUGAAGGACCAGACCCUUUACUUUCUCUAUGAGGGCGGAGAUGCCUGUCGCGACGGCAAGUACGAGCGCCAGACAUUGCUGACAAUGCGAUGCGGGCCUACCUUGGGUGCGCCAGUAUUCCUCCAAGAAACACCCGAGUGCCAAUUCCAAUUUGAGUGGGUGACGUCAGCCGCGUGCGGUGUUGGCUUUGCACCGGACCCCGAGGCGUGUGUGGCCUACGACGCAACCAAUGAGAUCGAGUACGAUCUAUCAGAUCUCAGGAUCGAUUUGCCAUGGACAACCACGUACGGCGACAGAGGCGGCGGAGGUACUUUCACGUACAGUCUGAGUGUGUGCCAACCCCUGCCGUCGAGUGUUGCAUGUGUGGCGCAGGACCCAGGAGGGCCAGGGGCGAAGAUAGGCGCAUGCCUGGUGCAGAAUUUUAUCGGCACACCAAACAAGUACCCAUUGCAUUUUCUCUCUAUUUUUUUCAUCCGUUCACACAUAUUCCUUAAACCUACACCCACAUAUUUCUUUCACCCAUACCCACAGCCUCGCAAGGGGUGGUAA